CAGCGCGUACAGUCGCGUCAGCCUGAAGCUGCACUGGCGCCUAGGGUCCCUCCAGCGCACGAGGGCAGCUCCUGCAGCGCAGUGGCCCGUAUGGAGGGUGGGGGAUAGCCCAGGGGUAAUCGGGAGGAGCCCAGACCAGACCCGGCCAGCGGCCUCACCUUCCCUGCCCGGCCGCUCCAGCAAACUACCGCAGUCUUAGAAAACCUAAUGAGAACCAGACCUAGUGGCCGCUGGCAAACUUUCUCAGAGUCGCUGAUUGGUCAAUGGCCGAGAACUGUUGCCAAUCAGCGCGCUGGGCGGGCCCUCAGUGCAGACCUGAGGUCCAAGUUGGAGACUGGUAGUGUGGCCCGCAGAGAUACCCGGAGUGGAGGGCAGAGCCAGGGAGGAGCCAGCAUGUCUCGGGACCCUACGGCCGGGCGGCUGGCACCGCCAUCGCCGCUGUCGCUGCUGCUUCUGCUGCUGCUGCUCUCGCGAGUCGGGGCUCUGCGUUCUGACGAGCUCUUUCCUUACGGAGAGGCGAGGGGAGACCAGCUGCUGCCGGAGGGCGACGAUGAAAGCUCAGUAGCGGUGAAGCUGGCAGUACCCCUACACUUCUACGACAGCCAGUUCACCAGUCUCUACGUAGGCACCAACGGCAUCAUCUCCACCCAGGACUUCCCCAGGGAGACUCAGUACGUCGAUGAUGACUUUCCUACUGACUUCCCAGCCAUCGCCCCCUUCCUGGCUGACAUAGAUACCAGUCACGGCAGGGGCCGGAUCCUGUACCGCGAGGACACCUCCCCAGCUGUGCUGAGUCUGGCCGCCCGCUAUGUGCGCACAGGCUUCCCGCUGACAGGGUCCAGCUUCACCCCCACCCACGCCUUCCUGGCCACCUGGGUGCACGUGGGCGCCUACGGGGUGGUCAGGCGAGGGGUCGCGCCAUCAGGGGAGUUGAACACUUUCCAGGCUGUUCUGGCAUCUGAUGAAUCUGAUACCUAUGCCCUCUUUCUCUACCCUGCUGACGGACUUCAGUUCUUCGGGACUUGCCCCAAAGAAUCCUACAAUGUUCAGCUGAAGCUUCCGGCUAGGGUGGGCUUCUGCCGAGGGGAGGCGGAUGAUCUGAAGAGAGAAACACCUUAUUUCAGCCUGACUAACACCGAGCAGUCUGUGAAAAAUCUCUACCAACUAAGCAACUUGGGCAUUCCUGGAGCAUGGGCUUUUCAUAUCGGCAGCAGGCUCCCCCUGGACAAUGUCAGACCAGCAACAGCUGGAGUUGACCACUCUUCAAAGCCCCUGGAGCACUCCUUUAGCCAUGCUGCAGCUCUGGAGAGCUAUUUUGAGGGCAAUUUUGAUUACUACAAUGAGAAGGAAGAGGACAUUGAGUACCCACCAGGGGAGGCUCUGGAAGACUACAGCAGAGUUGAUGUGUCACUCAGUUCAAAGCCUGAUCCAGGUCCUGUGGAAGGUGGGACCCCCUCUCCAGACCCUAAUCGGGCUACUCCUCUGCCACACCCAGCACUUGGUGAUUGGCCAUCCUACUGGGACCCUCACACUAAACAGGGGGCAUCUGUGGGAGAGGUAGAAGUCCUGGAUUUCAAGGACCCAGUGAAGCCUUUUGAUCAGAUGGGUACCCGAGCCCCGGCUCCUCCAGAGCCAGAUGCAACUCUCCUGACUCCAGGAAGGGAAAACCUUCGGAACAGAAACACCCAGCCCUACCCGGAUGCAGGGCCAGUGCCUUUAGAGCCAGGUGUUCCUGUCUCUCCAGAAGUUUUUCCUAAUUACCCAGUGUUUGGUCAAGAACCACCCCUAAGUGGAGGGAGGUAUGUGGUAGGAGUGGAGGACCACAUCGGUUCUAAUGGUCAAGUCUUCACGUAUAAUGGUGCCAACAGAGAAACCUGUGAAGACAGCCAUGGCCAGUGCUCCCGACACGCCUUCUGUACCGACUACACCACUGGCUUUUGCUGCCACUGCCAGUCCAGGUUUUAUGGAAACGGGAAGCAUUGCCUGCCAGAAGGGGCACCUCACCGAGUCAAUGGGAAAGUGAGUGGCCGCCUCCGAGUGGGUCACACUCCUGUGCACUUCACUGAUGUGGAUCUACAUGCUUACAUUGUGGGCAAUGAUGGCAGAGCCUACACUGCCAUCAGCCACAUCCCACAGCCGGCAGCCCAGGCCCUUCUCCCUGUCAUGCCCAUGGGAGGCCUGUUUGGCUGGCUCUUUGCCUUGGAGAGGCCAGGCUCUGAGAAUGGCUUCAGCAUCACAGGUGCAACCUUUGUCCAUGACAUGGAAGUUACUUUUUAUCCUGGAGAGGAGAGGGUUCGUAUCACUCAAACAGCCGAGGGGCUUGACCCAGAGAACUACCUGAGCAUUAAGACCAACAUUGAAGGCCAGCUGCCCUUCAUCCCAGCGGAUUUCACAGCCCACAUUGCUCCAUACAAAGAGCUUUAUCAUCACAGGGACUCAGUUGUGACCUCCUCCAGUUCCAGAAGUUUCUCUCUCACUUCUGGUUCUGUCAACCAAACAUUGUCCUACCACAUCGACCAGAAUAUCACUUACGAGGUGUGCAGGCACGCCCCUGGGCACCUGGCCAUCCCUGCCAGCCAGCAGCUGACUGUGGACCGGGCCUUUGUUUUGUACAGCAGGGAUGAAGGUGUGCUGAGGUUUGCUGUAACCAAUCAGAUUGGCCCUGUUGAAGUGGACUCAGCCCCUGCUCCAGUGAAUCCUUGCUAUGAUGGGAGCCACACCUGUGACACAACAGCAAGGUGCCACCCGGGGACAGGUGUAGAGUACACCUGUGAGUGCACACCUGGGUUCCAGGGAGAUGGACGAAGCUGUGUGGAUGUCAAUGAAUGUGCCACUGGCUUCCAUCGCUGUGGCCCCAAUUCUGUGUGUGUCAACUUGGUGGGAAGCUACAGGUGUGAAUGCCACAUCGGCUAUGAGUUUGCAGAUGACCAGCACACUUGUAUCUUGAUUGCCCCACCUUCCAACCCUUGUCAAGAUGGCAGUCACACCUGUGCUCCUGAGGGGCAGGCCCGGUGCAUUCACCAUGGAGGCAGCUCAUUUAGCUGCACCUGCCUACCAGGCUUUGUUGGCACUGGGCAUCAGUGUUCUGAUGUUGAUGAAUGUGGGGAAAACAGGUGCCAUGAGGCAGCUAUCUGCUACAAUACCCCUGGGUCCUUCUCCUGCCAUUGCCAGCCUGGGUACCAUGGGGAUGGGUUUCACUGCACAAAUGCUUCAGUUCCGGAAGGUUCCAUCUCAGGACUGAAGCCCUGUGAACAGCAGCAGCACCAUGCCCAGGCAGAGCAUGCCUACCCUGAGUUACGGAUCCACAUCCCACAGUGUGAUGACCAGGGCAACUUCAUGCCACUGCAGUGCCAUGGCAACACUGGCUUCUGCUGGUGUGUGGACCAGAAUGGCAAUGAAGUCCCUGGCACUCAGACUCCACCUGGCUCCACCCCACCUCACUGUGGACUGCCAUCAGAGCCCACCCAGAGGCCUCGGACUGUGUGUGAGCGAUGGAGGGAAAGCCUGCUGGAACACUAUGGGGGUGUACCCAGGGAUGACCAGUAUGUUCCCCAGUGUGACGACCUGGGCCACUUCAUACCCCUGCAGUGCCAUGGGAAGAGUGACUUCUGUUGGUGUGUGGACAAGGACGGCAGAGAGCUACAGGGCACACGCUCGCAGCCGGGCACCAUGCCUGCAUGUAUACCCACCACCGUUCCACCCUUGGUCCAGCCCACACCCCGGCCUGAUGUGACUCCGCCGUCUGUGGGCACCUUCUUGCUCUAUGCCCAGGGCCAGCAGAUUGGCCACUUGCCCCUCAAUGGUAGCAGGCUUCAGAAGGAUGCAGCCAAGACCCUGCUGUCACUGCAUGGCUCCAUAGUCGUGGGGAUUGACUAUGACUGCCAGGAGAAGAUGGUCUACUGGACAGAUGUUGCUGGUCGGACCAUCAGCCGUGCCAGCUUGGAAGCAGGAGCAGAGCCUGAGACCAUCAUUACCUCAGGUCUAAUAAGCCCAGAGGGACUUGCCAUUGACCACUUCCGUAGAACGAUGUACUGGACAGAUAGUGGCCUGGAUAAGAUAGAGCGGGCCAGGCUGGAUGGUUCUGAGCGUAAGGUCCUCUUCCACACAGAUCUGGUGAAUCCACGAGCCAUCACUGUGGAUCCAAUCCGAGGCAACUUGUACUGGACAGACUGGAAUAGAGAAGCGCCUAAAAUCGAGACAUCAUCUUUGGAUGGAGAAAACAGAAGAAUUCUGAUCAACAAAGAUAUCGGAUUACCCAAUGGAUUAACCUUUGACCCCUUCUCCAAACUGCUCUGCUGGGCAGAUGCAGGAACCAAAAAACUGGAAUGUACACUACCUGAUGGGACUGGACGACGCAUCAUCCAAAGUCACCUCAAUUACCCCUUCAGCAUCGUCAGCUAUGCAGAUCACUUCUACCACACAGACUGGCGGAGGGAUGGUGUUGUAUCAGUGAAUAAAGACAGUGGCCAGUUCACUGAUGAGUACCUCCCCGAGCAGCGGUCUCACCUGUAUGGGAUCACUGUGGUCUACCCCUACUGUCCAUCAGGAAGAAAAUGAACAUGAAACAUACAGGAAGAUUUCAAGUUUACAACAAGAAUCUUGACCUAAGAAUAUUUACUACAAAGGCAAAGACAGUGAGAAAGGAAAGUGGCCAUUCUGAGCUCUUGGCAUACAAAAUAGGCAUGUUCAGUGCAGCGAGACUCAGUAUAGUUUGUGAAGUGUAUACCUCAAUCUUUACUACUGUAUUUUUAACAAAGGUUAUCACAAGUUUAAAAUAGAAUUUUAAUCAUUGCUUAUUAAAGCAACUUUUUGCAAACAGUUAUUUAAAAGGCCAAAUUCAUUCAACAAAAAACCAACUAGACCUUAAACACUAAAUCUGAUUUUUUUUGCCAUGGAUUCUACCUGGCCAAGAAGAGUAAAGGACAUGACUGGCUAUGGGAAUUUAUUCCUACAGCCCCUGAGAUCCAUGUCACAAACAGAUCACAGGGUUGUUCCAGCCUAUUUAUACUUCCCAUCAAAAGUCCUCAGACUUCACUUAUACUAAAGGUGCUAGAAUGAUCCCCAAGUGCCUCCACAGAAGCAUUCAUCAAAAGUAUUCCAUGUAAAACACCAAAGAUACAGCAGUUUUAAAAUUUUCUAUGUAAUCCAAUAAAAUAUUUUAAAGCUUU